AAAAUGGUGAAUUGUAUUUAAUAAUGUACUCGUCAUGGUUGAGUAAUUUCAGGGUGUAUUGUGACAAUUUAUCAGUUUAUUAUAUUUGUACGAUUUUAUUGUCAUUCUUGGCUGUUUUCUUGACAUGGUGGCUGCAAGACACUGAACGAAAAUAUAUAUCUGAUACAAACUAUAGCAAUGAGCAAGCAAAUGAUCUACUGGAAAUGUCCAACAAUGAAAGCAUCUUAUCACAGAUUAAGAUGUCCAGACAGAAAGCCAUCGUUGAACAACUGUCUGCUGGCCUAACAGAGGAACAGCUACAGCAGGAAAAGGAGACAGAGAGGAAACAACUGGAAGCCAUUUUUCAGUUGCUGAAGGAACAAGAGGACAAGUUCCACGUAAAUUCUAUGGAAGAACUGGAGGAUCAGCUUCGACUAUACCGCAGAUGACCACAUGACGCAGUUCCUGCAAUACAACAAUAAUUUAAAAAAUAUAUUUCUACAAUAUAAAAACAAUAAAACUAAUACAAAUAUUUUAAAAUGAUACAAGUCUAGUUGGUUUCAAAAUGGAGCAGGAAUUACAGAAUACACAGAAUUGAUGUCAGUUCUCUGGAAUGUAACCCAAGACUACAUUCAAAAUCCAGCCACAAUACAAGACAUGGAAGAAAAAAAUGUAACAUACAAACUUUAGAUUUUAUACUUCUCUUUGUUAAUGAGACCAAAAAUAUUCAUACAUUAAUUUGUAUGUUAGGUCCAUAUUAAGAAUUUGUGAAGAGUGGAGUUUUUUUAGUUGAAACAGUCAAUGGAAGAAACAAUAUAAGUAAAUUUUCAUAAACUUAUUGGAAAUAAAUAAAAACUACAUUUAUAAAAAUGUGUUUUAUCUGCAUUCACAAUAAAUAUAAUAUAUAAAUAGUUGAAUUCAUACUGUGCAAUUUUUGUACAGAAACAUCUGGAAUAGUUUGCUAAAAGAAAUACUAACAAAAACACUUUGGAACUUUACUCAUGUGUGCACAAAAUCCUUUAUAACUGAUAUUCUGCUACUUUAAAAUAGAGAACACAAGUAGUACAGGUAAGGCAAAGACAAUUUUGGCAGUUACCUUUACUGCUUCUACCAUCAUUGCCAUAAGACAUGGCAGAUGAGAGGUGAUACACAUCACUUAGAAAGGGAUGGAACUAUAAGGUUAGGAUGUUGCAGUAAUGCUUGUUCACAUUCCAACACAACAUUGAAAAACAGUACGAUAUUUGGAACUGGCAACAUGCUCAUUAUUACACUUUUGUCCACUUCACAUGUGAAGCAUCUUAAAAACUGUAUCCAUCUUGUCCUUGCAAAAUCUGGUCACAGGGUACUUGUCCUUGAAUUUGUAUGCAUUGUUUGUAUGAGGUGUACAAAGUGAACUCACAAUGGGAAGGUCAUGUUUCUCCAUGCACAUUUUAUCUCUUAAAUUACUGACUUAUUUCUGAUGAAACGAGAUCAUCAGCCAACUUCCCCUUGUUUAGUUCUCAGUUUCUGUAGUAUUAACCCCAUUACAUCUAUGUCAAAUUCUUUUCAUUUAAGGGGUUUGUCAAUGUUAGGGGUAGGAGGCAAUACACUGAUAUAUUUUAUGAUUAUUUACUGCAUUUGUUAAGUACAUUUAAAUUGACAACAUUAUAUGAAAAAUAAAUGCAUUUUAUUGUCUAUUA